CAUAAGUGAAGAUUUAUCUUCAAAAUGAAGAUUUCCUUGGAUCUUUUUUGUUAUAAAUCUUCGAAUGAAGAUUUUUCAGAUAUCCAAAAAUUGCACUGAAAAAAUCUUCAAAAUGAAGAUUUUUAUAUUGGCAAAAAGAUUUUUCUUUUAUGUCGACUACAUACUACGUUUUCGAAAAAGUACUAUACAACUCUAAAAUUUUUGUCAGUGUACUCUAAGUGAAAUUUUUCAUGCUGCACGCCCUGUAUUAAAAACGUCAAUAUGGGUAGUAACUUCACUUUAACCAAAUGACAGGUGUCAAGUGCGAUGCCAUUUUGAAUAACGAACACUAAGAAAUGGAAAAGUUUAUAACAAUCACGAGGAAAAGAAAAGAAGAAACUUCUGCAAAUACCGAAGGAGGGAUUGAACGAGACGCUGCCGCUGAGGAAUACGUAGAGCGAUCUAAAACAAAGAGGAGAUCUUUUAACGCACAUUGGGGAGAUGAUGAAGAAUUUAAGAAGUGGUUAAUAACAGGAGCGCACGGCUUACCGCGUUGUAAAGUAUGUGGCGUCGAUCUUAAAGCAUCUGGAGGAAAAAAGGAUUUAACUGCGCAUGCAAAACCACCAAACAUAUUGAAAAUUCAAAUGCAGUUAAUAUACACAAGGGAAGCAAAGAAAUUAUAG